AUGAAAAACCAAUAACAAUAAUAAUCUGGCAAUUCUAAUGCUGCUUAGAUAAGAAAGAAGCUGCUUAAUAACUAAUAAGUUUUAUCAGAAAGUUAAAAGAAUGAAAUCAAAAAAGCAUUUGAUUAUUUUGAUACAGCAGGAUCAGGCACCAUAGAGGCAACAAAUUUAAAGGUCGUCUUGAGAGCCUUAGGCUUUGAUCCAACUUAAGAAGAAAUUGGAAAACUUAUCAAAGAUCUUGGUAAAGGAGAUGUUAAAUAUGAUGCACAAAGAAUAGAUUUCUAAGAAUUUUUAGAGAUUAUGAUGGUUAAAAUGAGUCAAAAAGAUUCUCUGGAUGACAUUAAAAAAGCAUUCAAUCUUUUCAAAGAUGGCAACAACCCCAAAAAAAUAAUCACAUUUGAUUCCUUAAAGAAAGUGAUCUAAGAUUUGGAUGAAGAUAUGACUGAUUAAUAAAUCCUCUAAUUGUUAAAGGGAGCUCAAUCGAAUACAAAUGAAUUGAAAGAGAUGGAUAAAGAUGGGAAAAAGGAGAAGAAACAACCUGAAGAUGAAUACAAGAUAGAAGUGUCAGAAGAUCAAUUCAUUAAAAUCUUAACUAGAGAUCUUAAUGAUGACAAAAAGAAAUUAUGA